CUUCCCCCCUCCUUUGAGCGAAGAGGGUGCCGGCAGUCGGACCCCGACCUGCCCACAUGAAUCGUCCGGCCGGCUGGUCGACUCCACGGCGUUAAUGUCCAUCUCGGGUCCGACGAGACCAGCUCAGAGGGGCCCGUGUUGGAAGGAGAUCUAAGAUGAAGUUAUGGGAUGUUGUGGCUGUCUGCGUGGUGCUGCUCAACACGGUCUCCACCUUGCCCCUGCCCACCGGUAAGACGCCUCCCAAGGGGUCCCCUUCAGUGGUAGAGGGACCUGAAGAUGAUCUCUCCCCCAUCAGCCUGCUGCCUCCCUAUGCUGUGCACAGUGACUCUAAUAUGCCAGAGGAUUAUCCAGAUCAGUUUGAUGAGGUAGUGGACUUUAUUCAAGCCACUAUUAAAAGACUGAGGAGGUCACCGGAUAAACAGACUCCGAUUUUUUCUAGGCGGGAGAGAAACCGUCAAAAUGCAGCCACAAACAUAGAGAAUUCCAACAAAAAAGGAAGGAGGAAUCAAAAGGGCAAAAAUCGAGGAUGUGUCUUAACAGAAAUACAUUUAAAUGUGACCGACUUGGAUUUGGGAUAUGAAACCAAAGAAGAGCUAAUUUUCCGGUAUUGCAGUGGAUCUUGUGAUGCAGCUGAGACCACCUAUGACAAAAUUUUAAAAAACUUAACCAAAAAGAAAAAACUGGUCACUGACAAAGUGAGGCAAGCCUGUUGCAGACCCACAGCCUUUGAUGAUGACCUGUCCUUUUUGGAUGAUAACCUGGUUUACCACAUACUGAAAAAACAUUCCGCAAAAAGGUGUGGAUGCGUCUGACAGCUGCAUGUCCAUGCGGCACCAGUUUUCCAUUCCUGCUAUGCUGCAAAGAGAGGGACCAAGGUUCCCAGGGAAGUGUCUGCUCCAAGUGGAGGAAAAAGGACCAAGAACACAGACUAAGGAGCCAUGAGAGCCUGGGGAUAAGGAGGCAUGCGGCAGAGUAGAAGAAUGGAGACUUCUGGCAUCCUAUGGGGAUUUAGAUAAAAGCUCAGGUGGAGAUGACGAUGGAUGGAUGAUGUGCACGCUACCUUUCCUGUUUGACUCAGUCCACCAUCAGUGAGACUCAAUCCAUGAGGAACGUGCUUAAAAACACAACCCUGCCAUACCACGCUGUGUUGUAGUUAUGCCAUGAUAUACCAGUUAUACCAAGAAGCUUAGCUAAGAAGUAGCUUAGGAGUCCCUUACUAAUCCCCUGUGCCCUCAGCUCUACUGAAAGACACAUUGUGCUACUGCUCACUGGAGGGCAGUUCCUGAGUGCUUAGGACAACUCCUAAGUUAUAAGAUUACCCUUGUAAGUAAGAUGAUAUUGGGCAAAUAUCAAAAUGACCAGGCUCAAGUUCUUAUGAAGCAAAACAGUUCCACUUACUGGCUAAGUUUGGUUAUUUCCAUCUUGCGUUUCUUCAAAAUGAGUGCAGUUUCUUCUGCUACCUGUGAAAACAAGUUGAGUUUUUAAGCACUUCUUCCUAGUAUAGAAAGAGAAAUAACAAGCCCAGCCUACACAAAAUGUGUUUCUUUAGGUUUACAAAGGACUAACGUCACUUGCAUAACUACAUUUCUAUUUGGUCAUUGUGAUUGAGAGAGACUACUUGAUGCAAUGCAUCCCUUCAGAGACAUAAGUAUACAGAAGAUAUUUAUUGAGAUUAAGUUAUUGUUAUUUAUUACAGUUCAGUAAUGAGUCUCAUUAUUUAUUAAAGUGUCUUUCAAAGGUGCCAAAGUAGAUGGCACUUGGGGAUAUAGAGAGACAAAGACGUUGGGAACAACGAUCCAUGCUUUUGAUUGAAGGUGUUAACUUGAAUGCAAAAAAUCACUUACUUUACCUUUUUUUCUUUUAAACAAAAUCUUGAUUAUUUUCACAAAAGGUAGUGCUGAAGCCUGCAGCCCUUAUUCCUGUCACUAAGCCUUUUGAAAAUUACUGCAGUCGUGCAUGCGCAGGAGCAGCAAUGGCUCUGGACGAGUGAGGGUCGCAGGACUUGGCUCAACAUUAGCAAUUUGUUAGAAGAACUAAUUUUAGUCAUAUUUUAAAUGUAGCCACAUUUUUUCUCACACUUUAUGCCAACUGACCUCAUAUAACUAUUGACAAAUGGAAAAUAAUCACAUUUAGCCUUAUAAUUUCUAGUUAUAUUUAUUUAAGCUUUUCCUUCCAUACUUCCGUAUAGAAGAGGUUAAAUCCCUCUUACUAGUUAGCCCUGGAUUUAAUAUAGCCUGCAAGUAAACAGUUGUGUUAAAUAACCAGAGUGUUUUGUAUAAUUUGCUGAAACAUUACAGGAUCAUACCCAUGCAGCAGAACAGUCCAAGUUUCCUUAGGAGGAGGGAGGUUGUACAGCAAAGGUGUUAGUACGUGACCGCUAACACAAGCUCUCAUUCUGGAGACAUUUUUCCCAAAAGAGCAGGAGUGCAGGUCACUAGACAUACCUGACAACCAGUGAAGCAUCAACUCCCACAAAAACAACAUGAAAAAAAAAUCCUCAUUGAAAACCAUGGUCCAACCUUUUAUCUCAUGCAUGUAAUGGCUCUCCAUACUCAUUUUGCCCUGGGCCCCUUGGGGCACCACUGAAGAAGGGUCUAGAGGUCAAAAAAGUCCAGAACAGGCAUAGAAAGGUGUACCAGGUGUAUGGCAUGUAAUUCAUCCCCGACUUCCGCCACUUUCCUGGGCGGAGGGAGGAUAGACCUGGAGAACCAGCAGCAGGGUCUGUUCUCACACUGCCACGGGGACGCCGUACCCUCCGUGCAGCCAGGGGUGGUGACACCACCACAGUGGCACAAGGUGGGCGCCGAGCGCCUGCCAGGGGGAGGCUGAGCUGCGCUGCCGGGCAGCUGAUCGGCGACAGCGCUCAGAGCUGUGCUUUCUCUUGCCGCAGCUGAUGAAAACUUGCCUCCAAGCAUUAUCUGUGCAGCUUGAAGAGGCUGCAAUCAAAGCAAAUCUCUAUGUUCAAAACACAAAAGGGUAAAGUUUGUGAUUUUUUUUUUUAGGUUUUUGGUUGGUUUUUUUUUAGUUUUUAGACCUUACUGAAGACAGGAGUGUGCUUCUCUGGAUUUUUUUACUUCACCUGCAAUUAUAUGUCUCAGUCAUUUGUGUUAAUCAACCAAAGUUCUCUACAGACUUUAUUUUUGUACAAUAUUCAUUUUAUAACUUUUUACAAAAUAAAAUUCAUUUCUAUUGUUACAUGGUUGUUGUUUGUGCUUCCCCGUCAUACAGUUUCCAAGUUACAGUGUUGCCCAGUUUCCCAGUCUGCAUGAGACAAUGCUGUGGGGCCAGAAAAUCCUUCAUGGAGUGAAACCUUCCUCUCCUAUCUCACCAACACCUUUAAUGUGGAUCAGAGGUGUCUGUAGCUUCUUAUUGAAACAUAACUGAGUCACUGCAAUAACUGACUUGAAAAUGCAUGGUGAACAGUAAUAGUAAUCUCUACACAGGGGCAAGCUUCAAGCUUCAAGCUUCAAGCCUCUGAAGUUCUCCUUUGUUCACGUGGCCUUGGCUAUUGAUGGCAACAAUUCCUGCACUCAGAGGAGAUUGCAUUUUGCUUUGCUAAUCCAGGUGUCACAUCAGUUGGACUAAAUUCCAUCUACUUUGUCAGUUCUUUUUUUUUUCAUCUUUAAACAGGAAAAUAAAACUCAAGGAAUUUUCUUUUCCACCAUGUUUAUGGAACAGAUGAGGACAGGUUUUGUGGCUGUGGCCAGCAACAUUUCCUCAACUGUUUCAUGUUAAGCUUUGCAGUUCCCAUCACAGAGCC